CAGUAACUAGCCAUCUCCUAAAGCAUCAGCUUAUGUCUAUAGGCCACAUAAUGUUGCUUCUGGGUAUACUUGGGCUUGUGGUAUUAAUAAGCUAUUACGUCUACAAGUGGAUAGUACCACCACCGCCGAUUCCGUUGCCGGAAAAUAAAUCUCCGAGAAUCAAGCUUAGUGAUGGCAGACAUUUAGCCUACAAAGAAUUAGGAUAUCCAAAAGACGAAGCCAAUAACAAAAUAAUAAUCGUCCACGGAUAUAAAACUUCCAAAGAGGUCGAUUUAUACACCACACAGGAAAUGAUCGACGAAUUCAAGAUUUACUUUUUAACAUUUGAUAGAGCUGGUUAUGGAGAAAGCGAUCCCAAUCCAUCACGAACGCUUGAAACUGAUACAUUCGAUAUCGAAGAACUUGCUGACAAAUUGCAAAUCGGUCCAAAGUUCCAUGUACUGGGGAUGUCACUUGGUGCUUAUCCAGUUUACGGUUGCCUCAAUUACAUUCCUCAUAGGCUAAGUGGAGCUUCAUUGGUGGUUCCAUUAGUGAACUUUUGGUGGAGACGUGUGCCUCAAAACUUGUUGAAUGCAGCGAUCAAGAAAUUACCAUUUGAGUUUCGAUUAACAAUUCGAAUCGCACACUACUUUCCAUGGUUGUUAUAUUGGUGGAUGACUCAGAAAUGGUUUCCAAAUACUCGAGAUCCCAAAAAAACUUUGACCGAACGCGAUAUGGAACUCGCCGAAAAAACAUUCAAAACAAUCACUCCAGUACAGGAUUAUGCUUUAAAGCAAGGUGAAUACGUGAGUUUACAGCGAGACAUCAUCACGGGUUACGGAAUCUGGGAAUUUGAUCCAACCGAAUUGAGCAAUCCGUUUUCGGAUAAUAACAAAGGAUCAGUUCAUAUGUGGUGUGCACUUGAAGACAAACAAAUUUUGCGCGAGGUUCUAGUCUACAUAUGUGAUAAGCUGCCAUGGAUAAAGCUCCAUGAGGUAUUGUCUAUAGGCCAAAUAAUGUUGCUUGUAUGUAUACUUGCGCUUGUGGUGUUAAUAAGCUAUUAUGUCUACAAGUCGAUAGUACCACCACCGCCGAUUCCAUUGCCGGAAAAUGCUUCUAAGAAAUCUCCAAGAAUCAAGCUUAAUGAUGGCAGACAUUUAGCCUACAAAGAGUUAGGAUUUCCAAAAGACGAAGCCAAAAACAAAAUAAUAAUUGUCCACGGAAACGCAAAUUCCAAAGAGGUCGAUUUAUACACCACACAGGAAAUGAUCGACGAAUUCAAGAUUUACUUUUUAACAUUUGAUAGAGCUGGUUAUGGAGAAAGCGAUCCCAAUCCAUCACGAACGCUUAAAACUGAUACAUACGAUAUCGAAGAACUUGCUGACAAGUUGCAAAUUGGUCCAAAGUUCCAUGUACUGGGGAUGUCACUUGGAGCUUAUCCGGUUUACGGUUGCCUCAAAUACAUUCCUCAUAGGCUAAGUGGAGCUUCAUUGGUGGUUCCAUUAGUGAACUUUUGGUGGAGGCGUGUGCCUCAAAACUUGUUGAAUGCAGCGAUCAAGAAAUUACCAUUUGGGUUUCGAUUAACAAUUCGAAUCGCACACUACUUUCCAUGGCUGUUAUAUUGGUGGAUGACUCAGAAAUGGUUUCCAAAUAGUCGAGAUCCCAAAGAAACUUUGACCGAACGCGAUAUGGAACUUGCCGAAGAACAUUCAAAACAAUCACUCAAGGAGUAUGCUUUACAACAAGGUGAAUACGUGAGUACACAGCGAGACAUCAUCGCGGGUUACGAAAACUGGGAAUUUGAUCCAACCGAAUUGAGCAACCCGUUUUCGGAUAGUAACAAAGGAUCAGUUCAUAUGUGGUGUGCACUCGACGACAAACAAAUUUUGCGAGAUGUUCUAAUCUAUAUAUGUGAUAAGCUGCCAUGGAUGAAGCUCCAUGAGGUCCCUAAUGCUGGACACUGGAUGAUCCAUGAGAAACAGCAUUUCGAAGCCAUUAUCAAAGCCGCUUGUACUGAAUAAAGAGUGAGAAGUAAUAAAGAAAACAAAACCUCUUACGAAGUUUGUAUCUAGUAUAAGUUUGAGAAAAUAAUCAAAUAUUAAUAUUGUAUGCCUAAUAGUAUACAAAAUAUAUUUUGAUAGAAAUUUGUAUAUGCUUGUGCAUAGAAAAAUGCGUUAAUUUUUUUUUUCUGUUUUCCA